AUGCCUUCCCCAUCAAACAUCAAAGAGAUGCAAAAAUUAGCAGGGCGGUUAGCAGCGCUCAAUCGUUUCCUAGCUAAUCACGCCGCGAAGUCUUUUCUGUUUAUCAAAACAUUGUGCAACUGUAUGAAGAAAAGUCAGUUUCAGUGGACUCCGGAAGCAGAGAGUGCGUUCCGCGAGAUGAAAGAUUGCCUCAUCAAACUGCCGACUCUAACCGCACCAAUCAAAGGAGAACCCUUGGUACUAUAUUUGUCAGCUUCUGAUAGAGCAGUUGGAGCAGUGCUACUUGUCGAUCAUCAAGGUAUCCAAACACUAGUCUACUAUGUGUCACGAACCUUGACCGACCCAGAAACUCGGUACGCCAUCAUGGAGAAACUAGUCCUCGCGCUGAUCCAUGCAUCAAGACGGCUGCGAAGGUAUUUCGCUAACCAUGUCAUACAUGUGUUAACAAACUACAACAUCGGCAACAUCCUGGCAAGGCCAGAAAUCUCAGGAAGGCUAGCCAAAUGGGCAAUAGAACUUGGCGGCUACAACGUGGUCUUCAGACCAAGACCAGCCAUCAAAGGCCAAGUGUUGGCAGAUUUCAUUACAGAGGUACCUGGCGAUAAGGAUCGAGAAUGUAAAGCAAUGGAAAAGGCCGAAAAGCAACAAGUAGAAGAACCGUGGUUGUUAUACACAGAUGGUGCGUCUAACGAAGACGGCGCAGGAGCAGGGCUUCGGCUGGUAAGCCCCGACAAGCAUGAGUUCACGUACGCGAUACGUCUAGACUUCAGGAGUACGAACAAUGAAGCCGAAUAUGAAGCUUUUCUUGCGGGCUUAAGAUUAGCAAUCAAAAUGGGAGUCAAACACAUCGAAGCGCACGUGGAUUCCAUGUUAGUAGCUGGACAAAUCAACGGCCAAUACGAAGCCAAGGGAGAUGUAAUGGCGCUCUAUCUAAGUCAAGCGAAGACGUUGCUACAAACUUUCUAUUCUUACAAGGUGCACCACAUAAACAGAAGCGAGAACAAACCAGCAGAUGCACUGAGUAAACUCGCAUCUACAAGCUUCCAACAUUUGGCGAAAGAUGUGCGCAUAGAAGUUCUGAGCAACCCAUCUGUUCCACUUAGGGAAGUAAGCGUCAUCCAGACAGGAACGACGUCUUGGAUGACUCCAAUAAUCAUGUAUCUUCAAUCCGGGAUACUCCCAGAGAACAAGGCCGAGGCAAGGAAGAUCCAGUACAAAGCCGAGCAUUAUCAGAUAGCCGAUGGAAUUUUGUACCGAAAGUCAUACCUUGGCCCACUGUUGAGAUGCGUCGACGCUGAGGACGCAAACUAUUUGAUCAGAGAAGUCCAUGAAGGAAUCUGUGGUAUACAUGCCGGGCCAAGAAUGGUGGUGGCAAAAUUGAUGAACGUCGGGUACUACUGGCCCGGAAUGCAUUUAGACGCGGUAAAAGAGUUGAGGAAAUGCAGUGGAUGCCAAAGACAUGCGCCCAGGACGAUGCACCCUGAAAAUGAAUUGGUACCAGUCACAACCGCAUGGCCCUUCCAGCAAUGGGGCAUAGACAUGGUCGGCCCUUUCCUAGAAGCCCAGGAGCGGUCAAAUUCAUAA